CAACCCAUUAGCUACACACAUCAGGGCGAGUUCCUAUAUCAUCGGAUCAGAGAGUGCAGCCAUUGCCAUGAACGCCGCCAUGGAAGCCCACAAGAGCCUCAUCUUCGUCUACGGGACGCUGAAAACAAAUCAUCCGAACCACUUCCUCAUGGAGGAUCUGAUCACGAGAAACGACGCCGUCUUCGUCGGCCACCGCGCGACCCGUUCGCCCCACCCGCUCGUGGUGGGUCUGCACGGGAUUCCAUACAUGAUCAACCUACCGGGGUCGGGUCAUCGGGUCAGGGGCGAACUCUACGCUGUCUCAAAACGCGGGCUCGCUCGGCUCGACGAACUGGAAGGGAUAGAGGUCGGGCACUACGAGAGACUCCCGAUUGAGGUGGCGGCGGCGACGGUGACGGAGGAAGAGGGAUCAGACGGCAUCGUUGCGGCGGAAGCGUACUUUGCUCACCGGAGAUUCGGGGAGAGGCUGUGGGAGAAGAAGGGGAGAUGUGGGAUGAUCGAGUACGGUCAAAACGACGGCGUACGGUACGUUAGGCCGAGGGACAGGCCGAGAUCUGGCUCUGUUCUUGAUGAAAUCGAGGGUUUUGUCUCUUCUCGUUCCGAUUGAUUUCGUCUUGUCCCCCCUUGGAUUCAUGUUUCUCAGGUUUUUACCGUAUAUGGGUAUUCCCCAAAAUCUGAAAUUGGUGACAUUUUCAGGAUUGAAAUUGUUGUAACGCAAUGUCUUAUCAAUCGGAAUCGAACGUUGAUAUGAUCAUCUGGUGAUAGUUUGGGAUUUCAA